GUGCGAGAUCUGUUUCGUAUUCAUAAGAUCAAGAAUCAUAAGAAUGCUGCCGAAAUUGGUCGAACAGUUUUGGAGGGCUUGCCUGAUGGCAAUCGUCUAAAACCUGUAGUAUGGGCAGAACACAAAGAGAGACAAGAUUGCUAUGGUGUAUCCCUUGGAGUCCGACCCUUUCUUCGACCAUUAUACCUUUAUAUUAAAAUGAAUCAAUUGAGAAAUGUUGAAAAUAGCGAUGAUGGUGUGAAACUCAAACACGUGAACGCCUUUCAAAGCGUGAAAAGAAGAAGAAUAAGAUUUGUACCAUCUGACAAGUCUCCAUACAAAGGAAACGAAAACAAACCCAAAGUCAAACCGCCCUGCGUAAGUUGUAAGAUUUUCUUUAAGGGAUUUAAAAAAAAGAAAUCAAAUAGUUUGCCACCCUUUGCAAAUUGCGCCGAAUACGAUGUUAUUCGAACUCCGAACUUAGAUUAUGUGCUACGUUACAACGAAGGGACUAAGCAUUGGAUAAAUUUCAAAUCAGCGUGCGAAAAACAUUUCAAAGCAUUCAACGAGCUGACACAGAAGUUGGACGAACCUGGAAAUUCAUCUCAAAAUGAAAUAUUGGAAACAUAUUACAAGAAUACACUCAACGCAAAGAUUUUAAAAUACCAAUGGGUCAACUUUUAUGGACGCUACAAGUUAGUUGUUAAGGACAAUUGCAAGGCCACCGUGG